AUGUCGAAACAUAGUAAAGUUUUACGUCGACAGGCGAGACAAAUUAUUUAUAAUGUAGCCAAGUACAUGCAAAAAGAGAAAGACGAAGGUGUUAUGAACGCUAAUCAGGUUCAGGAUCGAACUGCUAAUGCUACUGGCACGUCCGUUCGCACAGUGCGUAACAUUUUAGCCGAAUGCAAAAAGUCGCAUAUAUCUGGUUUCCGUACCCCAGGAAAGAGAAGGCUUAAAUCUAAGCCGAUUACCGGUAUUAAUCGUUUUGACAAAGGUAUCAUAAAACGUUGCAUACACAAUUUUCAUGUAGCUGAGAAAGAAAUGCCUACUUUAAGGAAAUUACUGACUAAAUUCCGAAGAGACAUACAUUUUAAAGGUUCAUCAGGUAGCUUGAACAAAAUAAUAAGAGAGUUGGGAUUUAAAUGGAAAAAAACGGAAAACAAAUUAAAGAUACUUAUUGAAAAACAUAGUAUCCGCCUGAAAAGAAUUCAAUAUCUACGGGACCUAAAAAAAUUCAGAGAGGAAGGUAGAGAACUUGUCUAUGUAGGUCAAUCUAAUAUGCAAGUCAAAUAUUCUCAACGGCAGUCUGAGGGUUCUGAGAAAGAUUUAAAAGCAUCCAAUUCAAGAGGACAGCCAAUUUUCAUCGUCAGUUCGGGAUCUGAAACUGGAUUUCUACCGAACGCCUUAUUUAUGUUUAAACCAGGCUCAAAGGCACAUGAGAUGAAUUUCACAAACUAUAAGAAAUGGCUAAGCACCAAUAUCAUACCCAAUUUAAAACUCAACUCGGUCAUCGUGCUAGACGAUACAGCAUACAACAAUAAAUUAUCAAAUCCCGCGCCUACACCGUAUUCUAAAAUAGUAGAAAUGCAAUCUUGGUUGAAAAAUAAAGGCAUACCUUACAAAGACGACAUGCUAAAACCACAAUUAUAUAAAUUAAUAUGUGAGAAUGGGGGUACUAAUAAAACUUACAUUAUUGACGAAAUAUUUAACAAAUAUAACCACGUCGUCAUACGUGUACCGCCAGCUCAUCCUGAUCUGAACCCUAUAGACAUAGCAUUGGAUACUGCUAAAGGAUAUGUAGCGGAGAAAAACAUGAAUAACAAAACAAGCCACGUAAUGGAACUCGUUAUAGAGAAACUUGAUUUAAUAGAGAAAAAUGAAUGGACGGAUUUGUGUAAAAAAGUAGAAUAUAUCGAAAAUCAAUAUAGAUCUAGCGAUCAUGUUAUCGAUGCCAUGACAGAGGAAUUAACUAUUUAUAAUGCUAAUAGCUCGGAAUCGGAAAGCGAAUCGGACAUUGUUAGCGACGGCUCGGACUCCGACUUUGAGUCGAACAUGAACGACGAAAAUGAAUUGUUGGUAGAAAGAAUUCCAAAAAUCGAAUCAACAAGCGAUAGUGAUGAUUAG